AUGAUGAUAAUACCAGAGCCAGGUUUUUUAAGCAAAGUUGUGUUUUUUUUUGUUGGUGGAGCAUGUAAAACAUGGAUAAAGUUUAAUAAAGUUUCUACAAGUGGGGUCGAUAGAUUGGUAAAGGAGAUUGAUAAAACACAUUUAGAACGUAGACCAAUGAUAACAAUAGCAAAUCAUAUUUCAAAUUUAGAUGAUCCAUUAAUAUGGGGUGUUUUACCAAACAGAAUUCUUAUGAACUCUGCAAAUAUGAGAUGGACACUGGGUGCAUCCAAUAUUUUAUUUACAAAUUGGUUUUAUUCAACAUUUUUUACACUUGGUAAAUGUAUUAAAAUUGUUAGAGGUGAUGGUAUUUAUCAAGAGGGUAUGGACGAAUCCAUUGAAAGACUAUGUGAGGGCCAAUGGUUACAUAUAUUUCCAGAGGGUAGGGUUAGUCAGCAGCAACAAUUAUUAUAUUUUAAAUGGGGUUUGGGUAGAUUGGUGGGUGAAUGUUUUAGAAAAACUGGCAAAGUCCCAUUAAUAUUACCAAUAUAUCACAAAGGAAUGGAGCAAUCAAUGCCAUUGGAUAAACCACCAAUUCCCAGAAUCGGUAAAACUUUAGAUAUACAAGUUGGCGAAAGUAUCAGAUGCGAGGAAACUAUAGAAAACUAUUUAAAAGAUCAUAAUAUAACCGACCCUAAAACUUUUUUCAAUUCAGAUAAAAAAAGAAAAGAUUUUUAUAGAACCAUAACAUUAUAUAUCGAAGAUCAAUAUCAAUUAAAUGUACCAUUACCAAACCGUGGACGCUUUUCUCAUCCAAAACCUCUUCCACCUUUAUCUGAUAUUGUUGAUCAAAUGAUUGAACAGGCAACAGACAAAACAAGCAUAAAUUUAAAUAAAGUUGACAAUAAUAAUAAUAAUAAUAAAAAAAAUAAUUAA